GAGACCUUGCCUCCACCUGUGGCCCCGUGGUCCGUGGUUCAGUUGGCCGGCCCUUUCUCCAACCAACCGGCGACCAUGGCGCGACCGCUUCUGGCGCUGACGGCCCUGGGCGCUGGGCUGGGCUUCGUGGCACCCUCGGUUGGCCGCGGUCUUUGUGCCGCGGCCCUUGCUCUGGGCACGUCCACUCUCCGCGGUACCCGUUCCCGAGUGGUGCGCGCCGGCAAGGAUGAGGAGGCAGGUGAGGGCGAGUGGCGUGAUGCCAAGAACAUCACUGCCAACGAGCCGCAGUUCACAGGCCAUUUUCCCGACAAUCCCAUCAUGCCCGGAGUUCUGCAAGUCGAGGCCCUGGCGCAGCUGGCCGGCGUGGUCUGCAUGCAGCCGGGGGACCAGGUGCUCUUCGCCGGCAUCGAUGGGGUACCGUGGCGACCGGAGGAACUGGGGAACUGGAUGGAACUGGGGCCCUUUUGGGUGAAGUUCAGGAAGCCGGUGGUGCCAGGUGAUACGCUGGUCAUGGAGGUAGAGGUGAAGAAGUUCCGGGAGAAGGUGGGCAUCGCGAAGAUCACCGGUGCAGCCUUCGUGGACGGACAAAAGGUCCUGCAAGUGAAGGAGUUCACCUGCGCCUUGGUCAAGGUGCCAUCCAGCGGGGAAAG